GUGGCUCCUGUUUUUCUACUUGUAUUUUUUACUUGUGUCCUUUUUUAAAAGGAUGGAAACUUGGUUUUGGGGGGCAAAGGAAGCUCUCUUGUCAGAUUUUGAUAACUGUCAGCUCCGCCAGUGAGGGAGGUGGAGCGGAUCCUCCAGGUUCAGGAGCAGUCUACCACCAAGGGAUGGAAGAAAGCAGGCCGGAAGGGAGCAAAUUACUCGAUAAAAAUUUUGAUGAUUGAAACAACCGGACAAUUCUUUUUUUCAUCUCUUUCCCAGGUUCCUUCAAGUCCUCCAGGAUGAACUUCCAGAAUCAGCAGGGCGGUCAAAACCACCUGUCUCCACAGUGGGGGGGCCCAGCUCAUCAGUGGUCUGGCCCAACUCAGCAGUGGUGUGCCCCACCUCAGCAAUGCUGCCCCCCACCUCAGCAAUGCUGCCCCCCACCUCAGCAAUGGUGCCCCCCACCUCAGCAGUGUUGCGCCCCACCUCAGCAGUGGUGCGCCCCACCUCAACCGUCCGGCGCCAUGCCUCAGCCAUCUGGUGCCAUGCCUCAGCCGUCGGGCACCCCAUCUCAGUUGUCGGGCGCCACAUCUCAGCAGUGGUGCGCCACACCUCAGCAGUGGUGCGCCCCACCUCAGCAGUGGUGCGCCCCACCUCAGCAGUGGUGCGCCCCACCUCAGCAGUGGUGCGCCCCACCUCAGCAGUGGUACGCCUUACCUACUCAGUGGUGCGCCCCAACUCAGUCAUCGGGCGCUCCGCCUCAGUCGUCUGGCAUCCCUCCUCAGCCAUCGGGCAGCACGCCUCAGCCGUCCGGCGCCCCUCCUCAGCCGUCCGGCGCCCCACCUCAGCCGUCCAGUGCUCCUCCUCAGCAGUCAGGCGCCCCUCCUCAGCAGUCGGGCGCCCCUCCUCAGCAGUCAGGCGCCACACCUCAGCAGUCGGCCGCCACGCCUCAGCAGUCGGGCCCCUCUCCUCAGCAGUCAGGUGACACGCCUCAGCAGUCAGGUGCCGAGUAGUGAUAUCCCAGGGAGCCAGAUCAAAAUGCAAGAUGCUGUUAGCCAUGCUACCUCCCAUGUCAGCCGUGCUGCCCCCUCCCCAGCAACGCU